GUGGAAGUGGGUUGUACCAGUGGGCUGUGGAGGGGACUGGUUACAUAUCCACACAUAACACCGUGAGAAAAUGCAACACAGAAAUCAUGUAGCAUCAGGAACCGGACUGAUACAUAAGAAGCCACGAAUGUUGUGUGCCCUGGGUGUCCUGUUGUGAAAGGUUAUGGAUUCAAACCUUCUCUCCUUCACCGUCCUUAUUCUGACUGGCUUCAUCAAAUGUUCUGAAAACCACCACACACGCACCCACCGCUAUGACUACUGUGUGCUCGGCGCCGGGCCUGCAGGACUGCAGAUGGGGACAUUUUCUGUCCAAGGCAAAAGAGACUACAUCAUCCUGGAGAGGAACUCAUGCCCAGGCAGCUUCUUUAACAAGUACCCCAGGCACAGAAAGUUGAUUAGCAUUAACAAGAUUCACACUGGAAGGCAGAACCGAGAGUUCAACCUGCGCCACGACUGGAAUUCGCUGCUGAGUGAUCGGUCUGACCUGCUGUUCAGACGAGUGAGCAGUGAGUUUUACCCACCGGCUGAUGCCUUCCCACUCUUGUCCAUUUAUGAGAAGGAGCUGGAGCUGAGGGUCCGCUACGGUGACGUUGGAAGGAUUAGGGCCGUCCAGUCGGCCAAUGACCGGUGCUAUAUCCUGACAGAUCAGCAUGCAUCGGACUAUAUCUGCAGGUAUUUUCUCAUAGCCACGGGUUUAUGGGUCCCUCAGAAGGUCAACUUUGUUGGCUCUGAGCUGGUUGAGGGUUAUGAGUCCAUCUCUACCACACCUGAUGACUACAAAGACCAGGCCAUACUGAUUCUGGGCAAAGGGAACUCUGCUUUUGAAACAGCCAGAGCGUUCCUAGGAAAAGCCAGUAGGGUCACAUGGUCAGCCGCAGCCCUGUCCGGACUGGCUUGGCAGACGCAUUAUGUUGGAGGAUCUAAGACUGAACUAUUGUGUCUUUUCAGAGCCGUGAACAAUGAGGUCCUUGACACUUACCAGCUGAAGUCCCUCGAUGGACUAGUGGAGACGCGUCUGGAGGAAAUAGCUAUUACUCAACGAAAAGAACAAAACAAGAGGAAAUCGGGUGGAAAGAAGGCAAAGUUGUACUUGACUUUAAAUAAGUACCUGCAAGGACAAGAUGGAGUGAACAGUUCUGAUGUGACGGCAGAAGAGCUGCCUGGGUAUCACAUUGACAACUUCUCAAUGCGAAAGCCCUACGACCGCGUGAUCCGGUGUCUUGGAUUCAGGUUCAACUUCAGCAUAUUUGACAGCUCUGCCUGCCCACCCAAUAGUAAGAACGCCAGGGGGAGGUUGCCAGGGGUGACGGCCUGGUAUGAAGGAAGAACACUCCUGGUUUGUUGUGCUGGGAACUGCUGCCCACUCAGAGACUAUCGCUCAUCUGCUGGAGGGUUUGUCCAUGGAUUUCGUUACACUGUGAGGGCUGUACAUCGUGUGCUUGAAAAUCGGUACCAUGGCAACCUGUGGCCAUCCACCAAACUAUUAAUGACACAGCUGCAGUCCUGGAUUCUGAAGCGGGUCGGCGAAGCAUCUGGACCGUACCAAAUGUUUGAGAUGCUUGGAGACAUUGUGCUUCUUCGAGGCUCUCACUGUGAAUAUGUGGAGGAGUCACUUCAGGCUUUGCCUCAGUUCUCCCCUGUCUCAGGCCAUGAGGUCUCCAGUGGACUGUUGAUAAUUGUAAUGCAGUAUGGGAAGAAGAAAAUAGACUAUUUGGGCCGUGGCAGGGCAGAAACAGACUGGACCAGAGCUUGGAGAUCAACUUUUUGACCUGUUAUUUACUAUUAUGAAAAACUUCCCACUGAGGAUGAAAUGAAGCUCCGGCCCCAUGGUUGGCCCUUACCAAGGCCAAAGCAAUUCAUCCACAUGGUGGAGGAUUUCCUCACAGAAUGGGAUAGUCCAUCUCACAUUCAGCCACUGCGGCGCUUCCUUGAACACUGUGUCCAGACUGACCUCAGGACUUUCUAUGCAGAAACAUGUUUUCGCUUAUCGCUAACCCAUCGACAGCCACCACUGUUUUGUCGUCAUGGAUACUUGAAGCACCAGGGUGUGAUGCAAAGUGGUCAGCUUGGGCAACAUGCUUACAAUGCAGUUGUGACACCUAUAGAGCAGAAUACAGCUGCUCCAGGGGCCAAUAGCGCAUUCUCCCACUACCUGGUACAAGCUGGAGCCUCGAUGUCUUCAGGGUUGAAAAUGACUUCUGAUUGUUCGACCUGAAUGUGUUAAAGCUUUGUCUAUGACACUGUUUGAGUCAUUCAGGCUUGCUACCUCCAGUACCCACAUUAAGGACCUUCCACACCAAAAACUCUAUAUAACUAUAAUGUUGUGAGUAUCCACACUGAAGAAUGGUGAUGUUCCGUAAAGUAUAUGCAAAUGAAUGUCAAUCACCUGUCAUAGGAAAGUGCGUUGCAGAUGCAAACCCUUAAUCAUCACCUUUCUUACCUUUUAUCCACAUAGCUCACGCCAUAGAAACUGCAAAAUGGGGAUUAUCAACCUAUUUUCCCUCAUAAAAAAUAAACAUGGUACACUAUAUUUUAACACACUAUUUUUUCCCAGAAGGUGAACAAGAAAUUAAUCACAAACACCAAUAUAAUCUCCAAGAGUCAUUUAAAAAAAACUUUCUACUUAUUGUCAUAGUUACAGGUUUCUAGAUGUGGAUGGCCCUAAACAUAACAAGACCUAAUAUUUUUGACUGAAUAUGAUCCUGCUGAUCAGUGGUUCCCAACCUAUUCACAUUUUGACUUCUUAAAAUGAAGCAAUCGGUACUUAACACUUCUUUGCCACCAGUGACAUAUGGCUACUAUUUCACUAUUUCAGCAAGCAAGAGAUUUUCUUGAUUUAUUUAAAUGUUUUAUGCAUUGUGAAGAGUUUUUAUUAAGAUAUAAUAGUAUACGAAAGUGAAAAAAGAGCAUACAUUAUGUCAAGGAUAUGUGAUGUUGGUCACCUGGUAACCAUUUCACAACUACUUUAGAAAUAUAAAGAGGUUGGGAACCACUGUUUAUGGCACAUUGUUCCUUAAAAGAUCACAUAUUAUUAUUAUUGUACACUAUAAUAUUGUGUGUAGAAUGUGGAUGCAUUUGUGUUGCAAAUAUAUACCUACACAUUUGUGCAAUUUUCAUAUUGUGGACAUCUAGAUGUAAAUAAUUAUAUAUUAUUUUUGAAAUGAUAUAUGAAUGGAGGAGUGGUGUUGGAAGAUGAUUAUGCAUUAUUCAUUUUACAUAAAGUUACUUUAAUAAAAAGUUAAAGCUGAAAUACAGCC